AUGCGUGAGUGCAUCUCCAUUUACAUUGGCCAGGCUGAUGUCCAUAUUGGGAAUGCCUGCCGAGAGCUCUACUGCUUGGAAUAUGGCAUCCAGCCUAAUGGCCAGAUGCCAAGUGACAAGAACAUCAAGGGACGAGAUGACUUCUUAAACACCUUCUUCAGUGAGAUGGGAGCCAGCAAACAUGUACCUAUGUCUGUGUUUGUAGACUUGGAACCCACAGUCAUUGAUGAAGUUCGCACUGUCACCUACCCUCAGGUCUUCCACCCUUAGCAGCUCAUCAUAGGCAAGGAAGAUGCUCCCAAUAACUAUGCCUGUGAGCACUACACCAUUGGCAAGGAGAUCAUUUACCUUGUGAACCAAAUUUGCAAGCUGGCUGACCAGUGCACAGGUCUGCAAGGAUUACUGGUUUUCCACAGCCUUUGUAAGGGAACUGGUUCUGGAUUCACCUCCCUACUGAUGAAAUGGCUCUCAGUGGGUUGUGGCAAGAAGUUCAAGCUGGAGUUCUCCAUCUAUCCAGCCCCCCAGGUUUCCAUAGCUGUAGUUGAGGCAUAGAACCACAUUAUCACCACCCACACCACCUUGGAGCACUCUGACUGUGCCUUCAUGGUAGACAAUGAGGCCAUCUAUGAUAUCUGUUGUAGAAACCUUGGCCCAAUCUACAGUGACAUGAAUAGGUCAAUAGGUCAUGUAUCCUUUAUCUCUUCUUUCCUCAAAUUUGAUGGAGCCCUGAAUAUUGAUCUGACAGAAUUCCAGACCAAACUGGUACCCUAUCGCAUUUACUUCCCUCUGGCCACAUAUGCCCCUGUCAUCUCUAUUGAGAAAGCCUACCAUGAACAGCUUUCUGUAGCAUAGAACAUAAAUGCUUGCUUUGAGCCUGCUAACCAGAUGAUAAAAUGUGACCCUUGCCAUGGUAAAUACAUGGCUUGCUGCCUAUUAUACCAUGGUGAUGUGGUUCCUAAAGAUGUCAAUGCUUCCAUUGCCAUUAUAAAGACCAAGUGCACCAUCUAGUUUGUGGACUGGUGCCUUACUGAUUUCAAGGUUAGCAUUAAUUACGAGCCUCACCACUGUGGUGCCUAGCGGAGACAGGGCAAGGUGCAGCAAGCUGUGUGCAUGCUGAACAACCCCAUAGCCAUUGCUGAGGGUGCUCACCGGGACCACAAGUUUGACCUGAUGUAUGCCAACUGUGCCUUUGUUCAGUGGUACGGUGAAGAAGGAAAGUUUUCUGAGGCCCAAGAGGACAUGGUUACCCUUGAGAAGGAUUAUGAGGAGGUUGGUGUGGAUUCUGUUGAAGGAAAGGGUGAGAAAGAAGGGGAGGAAUACUAA